AUGUUCGUCAGUGGCCAACAACGUGACUUUGAGCCAAUCAGAGAGCAUGAACCCCUACGUGGGGGAGCCAACAAAAAACAGAAAAGAAAUGGGUCAUUUUCUCGUGGAGGAGGUCGAAGAGAUGUCAUCCUGUGGCAUCACAGAGGAAGGCUGUGCUUCUUUGGCUUCAGCUUACGUUCAAACCCCUCAUACCUGAGAACGCUAGUACUCUGUGACAAUAACCUGCACAAUUCAGGAGUGAAGCUGCUCUCUGCUGGACUGGGGAGUAAACAUUGUGAACUGGAGACACUGAGGCUUUCUGGCUGUCUUGUCUCAAUGGAAGGAUGUGCUUCUCUGGCUUCAGCUCUGAGGUCAAACCCCUCACACCUGCGAGAGCUGGAUCUGAGCUACAAUCACCCAGGAGACAGAGGAGUGAGACUGCUCUCUGAUGUACUGGGCGAUCCACUCUUCAUACUAAAUGUGGAACACAAUGAAGAGUGCUACUUAAAACCAGGCCUGAAGAAGUAUGCCUGUGCGCUCACACUGGACCCUAACACAGCACACAAAACGCUCUCUCUGUCUAACAACGGAAGAACUGUGACAUGGGAGGAUGAUGAUCAUCUAUGUUUGCCUCACACAGAGAGAUUUAAUGACUGUCCUCAGGUGCUGUGUAGAGAGGGUCUGACUGGGUGCUGUUACUGGGAGGCAGAGUGUAGUGGGAAAGGGUUUCAUAUAGGUGUGGCAUAUAAACACAUUAGCAGGGUUGGAAAAGGGCAUAACUGUUUGCUUGGUUACAAUGACAAAUCCUGGAGCCUAAGACUCCUCCACCAUGGUUUCCUCAAACUCUCUGUCUGGCACAAAAAUGAGCACACGGUCAUACCUGCCCCCUCUUCCAGCACUAACAGAGUUGGGGUGUAUCUGAACUCCUCACAAGGCAUUCUGUCCUUCUACCUAGUCUACUCUGACACUCUGACCCAUCUCCACACAUUCCAGUCCACCUUCACUGAACCAAUUUAUCCAGCAUUUUCAGUCAAUGACUAUUCAUCAGUGUCCCUGUGUUAAGUCUUAAAUUGGCCUAGAGAAAAGGAUUAUGUUGAAUGUUUACUAAUAAACUGCUGUACUUCUGAGUCCAUGAUAGAGAUGGAGUCUAGACCAUAUCCAGUUGACCAAUACAUGGAAAUACUCAAUUCAUAUUAUCCAUAAUUGUUUGAACUCUUUCCCCCAAGUACAUUGCAAAAUUACAAACAUUUUAACGUUUUUGAAAGAACCUGGAUUCCCAAUCUGAGGUCCUACUGUAUAUGAACUGCAUACUUAUUCAAUAUAGUGGUUGAAAGUUUGACCUAUUCUGUAUGAUAUGUUGCGUUCAGCUACAAGGGGAGCUUCUCCUUAGCUUUUUUUUUUUCUGUACAUUGUUCUCAGGGUUCGGGGUGUUUUUAUUUUUGAGUAAUAAUGGAAAUACAUUUUAUCAAACUA